AUAGAGAGAUAUAAAAAGAAUGAGAGGAAUAAAAAUUCCUAUAUUUUAUCCAAAAUUAAGCUAUUUUUUGAACAGAAAUGUUCAAAAAAUGGUUAUUUAUAAGGAAUAUUCAUCUACGACAAGAAUUCCGGAUUUUUCUCAAUAUAAGACGGGAACAUCAACACAAAUGAACCGUACAUUUUCAUAUUUUAUGGUAGGAACAUUUGGAAUGGUAGCAGCAGCAGGAGCACAAGCAACAGUUACGGAUUUUUUAUCUAAUAUGUCAGCAUCGGCAGAUGUUCUUGCUAUGGCAAAAAUAGAAGUAGAUUUAUCAACACUUCCAGAAGGAAAAAAUUUAAUUAUUAAAUGGAGGGGAAAACCGGUUUUUAUUCGACAUCGUACAAUAGAAGAAAUUGAGGAGGCGCGAUCAGUUAAUAUAACAUCACUUAGAGAUCCUCAGACCGAUGAUGAACGUACUAAAAGGCCGGAAUGGCUUGUUAUGAUUGGAGUUUGUACACAUUUAGGAUGUGUUCCUAUUGGAGAGGCGGGAGAUUAUCAUGGAUGGUUUUGUCCAUGUCAUGGAUCUCAUUAUGAUAUUUCGGGACGUAUACGAAAAGGACCGGCGCCUCUUAAUCUUGAGAUUCCUGAAUAUAAUUUUCUUGAUGAAGAUAAGCUUGUUAUUGGUUAAAAAUUUUUUCUUAUCUUCAUUUAAUCUUUUUAAUAUAAAUAAU